AUUGAUGAUGUGUUUUCUCUUGUUGUGUGUGUGAGUGAUGUCUCCGCCAUUGAAUUUCAUUUAGCCGAGAAUUGAAAUAGGUUGUACCUUUGAUAAUCGGCAAAAAUCUUCAUAAUCCUUCUAAUUUUACUCAUUCUAUUUAAUCAUAUUUCGUGCACAAAAAUUAUACCCGAUGGCAGACAGAGACACAGAUGAGUUAAACAUCGAUAACGUAAUAAAAAAGUUAUUAAAAGUCCGGGGCGAAAAGCCUGGUAUGAAUGUACAGUUGACGGAAAUAGAGAUAAAAGGGCUAUGCUUGAAAUCAAGAGAAAUAUUUCUGUCGCAACCAAUAUUACUUGAGUUGGAAGCCCCACUAAAGAUAUGCGGUGACAUACACGGGCAGUACUAUGACCUUCUAAGGCUGUUCGAGUACGGCGGCUUCCCACCGGAGUCAAACUACCUCUUCCUCGGUGACUAUGUGGACCGUGGCAAGCAAUCUCUGGAGACCAUAUGCCUGCUGCUAGCAUACAAGAUCAAAUAUCCAGAGAACUUCUUCCUUUUACGGGGAAACCAUGAGUGUGCCAGCAUCAAUAGGAUUUACGGGUUCUACGACGAAUGCAAACGGAGGUAUAACAUCAAGUUAUGGAAAACUUUCACAGACUGCUUCAACUGCUUACCAGUAGCUGCGAUAGUGGACGAGAAGAUAUUCUGCUGCCAUGGCGGUCUCUCACCGGACCUGCAAGCGAUGGAACAGAUCCGGCGGAUCAUGCGGCCGACUGACGUGCCGGACCAGGGGCUGCUCUGCGACCUGCUGUGGUCCGACCCGGACAAGGACACCGCCGGCUGGGGAGAGAACGACCGCGGCGUCAGCUUCACCUUCGGCACUGAGGUAGUGGGCAAGUUCUUGUCGAAGCACGAGUUCGACCUGAUCUGCCGCGCGCACCAGGUGGUCGAGGACGGCUACGAGUUCUUUGCCAAGCGGCAACUCGUCACGCUCUUCUCCGCGCCCAACUACUGCGGCGAGUUCGACAACGCCGGUGCGCUAAUGUCAGUGGACGAGACGCUGAUGUGCUCGUUCCAGAUCUUGAAGCCAGCGGACAAGCGCAAGCUGUACUCCGGUCUCAACAUGGGCCGCCCCAACACGCCUCCACGCGCGCAGCCCAAAAACAAAAAGAAAGACAUAUGAGCGAGUCGAUCAUAAACAAGUUAACCGCCCGCGCCGUCGCUGCCGAUGCAUGGAAUCCCGCACUACUGUAGCUUGUACCUAAGCGCGCUCCGUCGACAGAGAUUCUGGCCCAGAAGCCAUCAUCACUAUUCACUACUAACAAACUUAGAAUAAAAAACUACCAAAUUAACCAAUUUUACUAAACUGACAACACAAAAAAUAAUGGCGCCUUAUGGUUGAACGAUUCGCGCCAGUGUUGCCAGUUUAUAAAUUGCAUCUUUGACAUAACUUGUAGCUUUGUGAAGCUAUUAAUCGCCAGAUGGCGGCGUAACUACUAUACUACGCGUGAAAUCUUUUGGAAACGAAAACACUUGACUUGGAUUUUAACUAUACUUUAGUUACUUAUAAGCACAAAUAAUGUAAUUGAAUUAUAAUCUCUGUUAAAGUAAGUCUUGAUGUAUCAGAAAUUCAUAAUUCGAUGACCGCUUCCAGUGAUGUGUCCAAAACGCUUCCGCUUUUAGAAUGAUAAUCGAACUUUCUGGAAAUUAAUUUUAGGUGUCGAAGUCUGUCGACGGGGCGAGGUUUCAUUUUACUAUGGACUCAUUUUUUUUAUUUUGUAUAAUUUUUGGAAACAUGAAAUUUUCGCAAUCAAGUAAGUAUUUUUUGAACAUUCUGUUUGCCCGCUCUCUUCGCGGUCCGCGACUGCUUGCACGAUAACAGUUGCUGGACGAUUGUUCAGCGGACAUAAGCGGCGGACCGACGCGUGCGACUCCCCACGUAUCGUGCCACGUUCCAACUCACAGUAACACCAACUUUGUUAAAGCCACUUAAUAAUUUAACGCCUGUACUUAACCUAUUGUAACAUAGCAAUAUCUACUCAAUACCUGUACAAUGUACAUCACAGUCGCUUGUUGAAUCGUACAGAAUGCGUGAGGGGUUGUACGGUGAUGAUAUAUCUCCUCUAAGGAGACUAAUUUUAUUAUUUUUAACGAAACUUAAAGCGAUAGCUGCCAGCGCUUAUUACAUUUUAUUACUUUAAUAAAAACAGUAUGUGUUGUUGGAAUUCCUUCGGGGCUAGUUAAGGAUGAAUGUGGAUGCUUCGAUAAUUGUGUGGUUGAACGUAUGACUGCUCGUAUGCCUGUGUUGCAUUCAAUAUCCAAUUUUAAUGUAAGAUUACGCGCGGUUCAGUGCUGCCCUCUCGACUGUAGCCAUGUCUUGCAACGCCAAACUUGCACUGUUUUAGACUGCGUAGUUACAAAACCAUUAUUAAUGGAAAAAUCCAAUUCGAUAAUGUUAAAUUGGCAACAUUUCAUUAUUCAGUCUUACGCCAAAUAACAGGCAACACACAAAGGAUGGCAACACCGACCGCGCUGUAUGCAGUUAAAAAAUAAUUUAAUGACAUUGAGAUAAAAAUGUAAUGAUAAAUAUUACUUCGUAAUGGAUUAACUCCUUAUAAUUGAUAAGUAGUAAGCAUAAAUAUAGACUUGUAGUGCGUUGAGAACAGAACAAACGUAAACUUACUGUAUUGUCUGUAACCGUCCCCUUAGUGGCCGGGCGAACUAUAGGUUACGUAGAAUGCUCUAAGCGAUUUUUACACGAGCUUCCGAAACUCGUCACGAAGCGAUUUUCCUCGCUGCACAUAGCUUAAUAUUGAAUGUCUAGAAAAUGCGUAACUCUUUGGCUUUUAAUAUCGUUGUCUGCCACAGCCAAAUCUUAACAGCGUCGAAAAUCGCAACCGUGCUUCCACCGAUAGAUGUACCCUACAAACUUGUGCAACCGCGGAAACUAGACUUUAAAAAUGGCGAUAAUUUAACGAUUUGUUUUAUUACUUGUGCGUUGGAAAUGAGGUCCAAUUUCGUAUAUAUUUAAACGAUUUAUAAUGGCAGAAACGUACGAGAAAUUGGUUCCAAUUUUUAGAAACGUAACAAUUGAAUGUCAGUAUUUUACCGUAUUGAUCUGUAAGUCUAAAGGCCGCAUUGUAGCAAUUUGUUUAAAAAGCAAUAUUGCAAUUUGACAUUUGCGCAUAUUAAAAUACAAAUGUCAAAUAUAAAUAUUGCUUUUUUUUCGAUGAAGUGAAGCAAUGUGGCCUGCUUAACUCCCGUCUUCGCGGUUGCACAUUUUUGUUCAGCAGUGUAAAGUGCGCACGGAGUAAUGGUUUUUUUUGUUCGCUGCCUUCGACUGACCGCGGGCUGCAGCCCACCACACAACGGUUUACUGAUGUAUGAACAAGAGAAUUGUAUAUUAAUUUCGUAAAUAAAAUACUUUCUGAAUA